CAGAUUCGCCCUAUUAAUACAGCGCCAUCUGCUGCUAGAUAUGUUUCACCACUGCCAGUCAUUGUUCAUUAGGCUAGCACGCUGUAGUUUUAAACUUGCAAAACAGAAUAUUUAAAGUUAAUUUUAAAAGAAGGCCUAAAAAUCCUAGAUUAGAGUUUGUAUUGUAUCUAAUAUACGUCUAUUUAGCCUACAUGGGCUAAUUUCAACAUUAAACGUCAUUGGGUCUGCAGUGGAGGAACUAAUGUUACUUUGGUAGAGUGAAAGUAAGUUUUAUAAAUAAGGCCAAUUACGUGGAUACGCACCAUUUAGUUUAUCUGCUAAAUUGACGCCGAUUAACAAUGCACGGAGUAAUGGAGCCCCCAUGACAGUAGGUGGCGGUGUUUCCCUGACUAUCAGCUGUCCUUACUGCAAAACACAAGAAGAAAUCGGCUCCAGCACAUGUGGGACCUAAGAAAACGUUUAAGAUGACCUCGUUGGCCCACCAGUUGAAGCGGCUCGCGCUGCCGCAGAAUGAGCCAAGUCUGCUCAGCCGGCGCGAGACUGCCUCCGUGCUCUUCGAGCCGAAGGACGCCGCGAGCAUGGACGGGAGCACGUUCCACGCGCUAGGCUGCACGGGGCUUGAGGAGCUACUGGGGAUUGAACCAGCCUUCGCGGAGUUCCAGCAGACCCUCUUUAGUCAGGCUUCCCUAAGCAUGGAGCGGAGUGUGCAGGACAGGGCUGUCAACAAGCAGCUGGACAAGGGCAUCUCGCUCUUCCUCGCCCGCCUGUCCCCGUAUUUCUUGCUUAAACCGGCCCUGAAGUGUCUGGAGUGGCUCAUUCACAGAUUCCACAUUCACUUGUACAACCAGGACAGCCUGAUUGCCUGUGUCUUGCCGUAUCAUGAAACCAAAGUGUUUGUGAGAGUCAUUCAGCUUUUAAAGAUAGAUGAUCCCACCCACAGAUGGCACUGGUUACAUGGACUUCAGAAACCUGGCGUUCCUUUGGCCAGAGGUACUUUGCUGACUCACUGCUAUAAAGAUCUGAGCUUCAUGGAUUUCGUCUGCACCUUGGUGACCAAGUCAGUCAAGGCCUAUUCAGGAGCUGUUCGAGAUGGACAGUGCCUGCAGUUGCGAGUGGUUUUCUCGUUUUAUGCUGCGGCCAUCGUCCCGUCCCUGGAGGCUGUGGAGAAGGUCACGGAUUCAGUCAUAGCUAAGCUGCUCCCAUACGUGCACCUGGGUCUGAAAUCAGAACUGGUGGAUUACAAAGCGGCCACCUACAUGAUCGUGGCCCAGCUGGCUGUGAAGGUGGUUAUGCAGGCAGAGCUGGCGGACUCGCUGGCUGUGCAGGUGAGCCGCUCGCUGGGCAGAGUUCCGGUGCUGGCCUCCGAGGGACUUGCCUGCCUCAUCAUUCUCCUGCAGAACCAGAAGGAAGCGACGCUCGGCCCAAAGACGUUUGGGUACCUGUGUGCAGUGCCCACUCUGGUGCCAACCCUCCAGAGUAUCGCAGCCUCCUAUGACAUCAGUCCACUAUUACAUUACCUUUUGCCACAACUCGUCCACUCGGUCUUCGCAUGCCACGACGAGCUGCAGGACGAGCGUUCGGACGGCUCUGCCCACGGCCGACUCCUCGAGUCCGUCCUCCAGACCCUUCCCCUCAACAGCGAUCUGGAGGCAACCGUGGGGAGGCUCCUCUUUGACGGAUAUGUAUCAGCGGGCACGGAACUGUCCUCGAACGGACUCGCCACCCUCAACGGGAAGAUGCAGCCAAUCGUCAGACUCUUCGAGUGCAAGUGUCCCACUGCUCUGGAUGCCAUUUUUGAAGGCCACAUGAGUGCACAGAGGUCAGAGCAGCAAAAGAAACUUCUCCAUCACUUUCUCUCUUUGACCAUGAGCUGCGGGAAGUACCAGGUUUUGCCAGACUCUGACACAUCUCUGUUGCUCAGUCUUAACCACCCUUUGUCGUCUGUGAGGAACAUGGCUGUAGACUAUCUGAAGGAGGUUCUCAUCUCUGGAAAGGAGGGAUUUGAUGAGGCAUUUCUGAAGGAUGCUCUGCUGGAGAGGUUAAAGGAUGAUGAUCCUGAGGUCGUGAUGUCAGCAGUUUCAGCCCUGCAGCUGUACGCUGACCACGUUGACCCGGAGAACACAGCUUCCUGCCUUAUUUCUGUUCUCCAGCGAAUUCAGUCACCAGCCAUUGGACAAUGGUAUCUGGUGUUGGAGGAGGUGGUCCGAAUGCUCGAUGACCCACGCCUCACUGCGGGAAGCCCAGAUCUCUGUACUCGGAUUGGCUGGAAGCUGCUGCCCUUCCUGCUCGUGACCAAUCCUGCGGCGGAGUCGCCAGAGCUGCAGCUGGCGCUGUGUGUGUCUAAGACCCACCUACUCUCCCAGCAUCCGCUCACCCGAGGCUGGGCCAACGCACUUGGAGUUGUGCUGCAGAACACUGCUCCAGCAGACGUGGUGGGCGAGGCAAGCCAAGCGUUCACCGGCACCUUGACCAAAAACCUGGCUUGCAUGGAGCCGUCGGCCAGACGCAAUGCCAUUGAGAGUGUGUGCUCGCUGCUGGCCCGCACGGCCGCAACAGUGAGGGACAGGGCCGCAUUUGUGGUGCUGAGUGGCGCCCUGCUGCAGGCCCUCGGGACCCUGAGCGAGAGCCAGCACCUCCACACGGCUCAGACGCUCCUCGGCCUGCUGGAGCCCGCGCUGAGGACGCUCGCCACGCUGGUGGAGGAGGAGGAGGAGGAGGAAGAGGAGGAGCAGCUGUGUGGGGUCCCCGAGGGGCAGAGUCCAUCCACGGACGCCCUGCUGGCCAGCUUCCUGUCCAAGCUGCACGCGGGGCUGUGCGCGACGAGAGAGCAGGGCCUCGUCCUCCUCUCGCUCCUCCACCAUUUCAUCAGCGCCCUCAAAUGCCCCGAGCCUACGUUUAAAGAGGAGCCCUGGUGGAACCCCGAGAAGCUGGACGCCAGCACUUGCUGCUACCUUCAGCUGCUGUGCCGGCUGCUGGACAUGGUGGUGGGCGGGGCCAACCGCGGGCCCCUGGCCCCCAGCUUCAGGGCCCUCCUGCAGCCUCUGCUCCAGGUGCACCUGCAAGCGACUGAACACCUCUUCAGGUUUCUGCCACUGCUAUGGGUCUACGGCAGUAACCUAGGCGACCAGCUGGAGUUCCGGGUGACACCGUUGCUGCAGGCUCGCGCCCUGUACGUGGGCCGGGCUCUUCUUGUCUCCGUCCCGGCCGGCUCACGCGAGGCGCUGGCCUCGGCCUCCUCGCCAGUCGUCCCGUCGUUGUUGGCGUGUCUGGGCUGCGCAGUGGCCGAAGUGAGGAGAGCAGCGCUGGCUGUCCUCCAGCUACUCGCCGGCACCACUGCCUCGCCGUACUGCCCCCUGGUGGAGAAACUGCUCAGCGCAGCCGAGGAGCUCAUCUCUGACCCAUCCUACCUCAGCCAGGCUCUGGGCAGGCUCUACGAGGAGGCGAUGUCCUCGGGGAAGAGCGGCACCCGGCUGCUGGCGGCCGUGGAGCAGCUGUUGCGCUGUGUGCAGUCCCCUGACUGUCCCUGCUACGUGGCCACAGUGCUGCUCCAAGCCCUGCGUGACGUCAACGGAGAGUUUGUGUUGUCCACGCUCCUUCCGGCCAUGGAGCGCCUCCUGGAGCAGCGAGCCUCGGAUGCGGCCCCCUUGCUGCCGGACGAGGCCCUGCUCCUGAGCCUGCUACUAGGGAAGUACACCGCGUCGGCUGCCCCUCUCCUGACCCGCCACCCCCGCAGCCUUGAGCUCUUCCUCACGGCGCUGGGCACCUCCUCCGCGCCCCGCCCUGGGAUCACCAGCCUCCAGGUCGUCGCCGCUGAGCAGAUCACCAAGCCGUUCUUUGCUGCCCUGGCGGACGAGAAGGUCCAGCAGAGGAUCCUGGGAGUGCUGUUUGACGUGCUGGUGGACACCAAAGACCCUGCCUGCUCCCAGACCCUCAGUAGCGUCUUCAAAGGGAUAACUGUAGAUGCAGAGCUGGUGUCUAACGAGCUGACUCCCACGAACAAGCCCAGAGUGUCGGCAAGCGUACAGCAGACCCGCCGAAGCAAGCUGCAGCUCAAGAAGGCUCUGGAUGCCACACCUGAAGAGGGCGCCGUGUCAUGGCCCAGGGUCACCCUCAUCCUCGAGCUCCUCCAGCACAAGAAGAAGCUCCGGCGGCCUCAGAUGCUGGUCCCAACGCUGUUCAACCUUCUAGCCAGGUGCCUGGAGGCGUCGCUGGAGCAGGAGAACAUGGAGUACACCAAGCAGCUGCUGCUGAGUGUUCUCCUCAACGUGUGCCAGAAGCUCUCGCCGCAUGGAGGCGCCGUCAGCAAGGACGUGCUGGAUGAGGACAAGUUCAGCGUGGAGCUGGUCGUGCAGUGCGUGCGCACGUCUGUCGUUCCUCAAACGCACCACCACGCGCUCCUCCUGCUCAGCACCGUGGCCGGAAUCUUCCCGGAGAAGGUCCUGCACAACGUCAUGGCCAUCUUCACCUUCAUGGGGGCUAACGUCAUGCGCCUGGACGACUCGUACAGCCUGCAGGUCAUCAGCAGGACCGUGCAGGCCGUCAUCCCCGCCCUCAUCCGCGCUCACGAGGGGGCAAGUGCCAGCUCGCAGGCGGCCACCGAGGCAGCGGUGACCCGUCUCCUACGUGUCUUCGUCGACGCCCUGCCCCAUGUGCCCGAGCACAGGCGACUACCCGUCCUGCACCAGCUGCUGUCCGCACUGGGGCCCGCCCGCUUCCUUUGGGUCCUACUGCUCCUCCUGUUCGAGCAGCACACCGGCACCUCCAGCUCCCGCGCCGCAUCUGAGAAGGAGGCGGCUCUGGAGCAGGACCAAGAGUUCUGGGUCUCCGUGUGUUGCGAGUUUGAGGUGCAGGAGCAGCUCACCUCCUUCAUCAAGAUCCUGCAGUUCCUCAUGGCCCUGCCCAAAGACAAAGAGCAGGUCCCGGAGCGGAAAGGCGCAAGGGCGGGGAAGCGGGAGGAGAGCGUCGCUGAUCUGAUCUUCAGCGUGGAGGCACACAGCGGGAAAGAGCUCCGUCAUUUUAAGUUCCUCGCCCUGUCCUUCAUGGGCCAGCUCCUGGCCUCCGGGGGAUUUGUGGGGAAGGUGGUCGAUUGUGCGGACUUGACAGGUCACGCCCUGCAGGAACUUCAGCAAAGCCUCUUGGAGGAGACACUGCGAUACAUCCACGCCGUGGCCCUGUGUGUGGAGCAGAACUCGGAACAACCCACCGCCAAGUUUUGGAGGGCGCUGCUCACCAAGUCCUACGACAUCUUGGACAAGGUCAACGCCCUGCUGCCCAUGGACACGUUCAUCACGGUGGUGCGGGGGCUGAUGGGUAAUCAGCUGCCGUCGGUGCGGAGGAAGGCACUGGAGCUGCUCAACAACAGGCUGCAGCACAGAACCCAGUGGGAGGAGCCACAGGUGGCCAUGCUGCUGGAGCUGAUCGGAGACCUCCUGAGCAUCGUGGAUCGGCACCGCGCCCAGGCCAGCUGCCAAGAGGAAGAGGAGCAGGCCAUUAAUAGGCAGACAGCCCUCUACGGACUCAAGCUGAUGUGCCGCAGUUUUGGCGCCGGCCACCAGGAGGCGUUCUUGCCGGUGCUGAGCCGGACGGUGGAGCUGGUGGCGAACCCCGAGGAGGAGAGGAAUGUUAUGGGCAGCGCGCUGCUAUGCGUGGCCGAGGUCACGAGCACGCUGAAGGCCCUUGCUAUCCCCCAGAUACACAGGUUGAUGCCGGCAGUGUUGCAGGCCCUGAAGGAGCGUAAGGAACUGUUGUCUAAUGAGGUGUACCUGCUGAGUGCAGUCACAGCCUUACAGAAAACAGCAGAAACUCUGCCUCACUUCAUCAGCCCCUACCUCGAGGGUACUGUAUCGCAGGUGUCGCGUCUGACGCGGGUCGCCGAGCGCCUUCCCUCCUGCCCCCAGCUCACCGCGAGGCUCGCUUCCCUCAGCUCAACGCUGGCCACCAAGGUCUCCUCCAGGGUCCUAUUACCCACCAUCACCAGGUGCUACAGUAGUAUGGUGGACUCCCAGAAGAGCCGUCUCGGCCCCCUCCUGAACAUCCUGAAGGAGCACAUUGGUCACAUGGAGAAGGAUCAGCUGGCCUCCCACCAAUCAGAGCUCAGUUCCUUCUUCCUCUCUGCUCUCGACUACCGUGCCAAGCACUGCCAGGGAAACCUGGAGAAGACGGCGGAGAUCGAGGGUUAUGUCAUAGACUGCCUACUGGUGAUGGUCAUGAAGCUGUCCGAGGUCACGUUCAGGCCACUGUUCUUCAAGCUGUUCAACUGGAGCAAGACGGAGGGGGCAUCCAAAGAGCGCAUGCUGACCUUCUGCAGGCUGGCCGACCGCCUUGCAGACAAGCUGAAGGGCCUGUUCGUGCUGUUCGCUGGGCAGCUGGUGAAACCGUUCUCGGACCUUCUCCGCCAGCUCAACGCCACGCUCACAGAUGACGUCUUCUUCACCUCGGAGAAUGACGACGACGAUAUCGAUAAUGAUGGUGAAGAAAGCAAUGUGCAGAAGAGCUGUCUGCUGCUGGAGUACAUGUUGGACUGCCUGCACAAGAUCUUCCUGUACGACACACAGCGCUUCCUCAGCAAGGAGCGAGCAGAUGCUCUCCUGGGCUCCCUAGUGGAUCAGUUGGAAAACGUGCUCGGCGGAGAGGAUGUGUACCAGACUCGCGUCAUCAAGCACCUGGUGCCAUGCAUCGCUCAGUUUGCCGUUGCCAUGGGCGACGACUCGCAUUGGAAGGUCCUGAACUACAAGAUCCUGCUGAAGACACGCCACAGUUCUCCCAAGGUUCGCUUCUCUGCUCUGGUAAUGAUACUGGAGCUGGCUGGAAAACUGAAGGAAAACUACAUGGUCCUCCUGCCAGAAACAGUUCCGUUCCUGGCUGAACUCAUGGAAGAUGAAUGUGAAGAGGUGGAGUACCACGUUCAGAACGUCAUCCAGGAGAUGGAGACCAUCCUCGGAGAAUCCCUGCAGAGCUACUUCUAACGCCAGCACUGGGGUACUCGGCUCCGCCUGCUUCCCCUCUGCCUGGCCGAGCAGAAGCGUGACUCCUACUCCGUGGAGUCCUGGCCCAGGCCGGACCGAAGCGUGAUCGUGGCUGGAUUGAUCUCGGCAGGUUUACACAUUAAUUGUCUCAUUUUGCACAAAUGAUCGAGUCAUGAAUGAGCUGGCGAGUCCAAGGCACGGACUGACCGGUGGACUAGAGAUCAGAGUCCCUGCCUGUCUGUACGGUCACCUUCUCUCAGACAUUCAGAAAAGAUUAUUUUUAACCCCCAAAACCUUGUCAAAUGCUACCGAUGUAAGAACAAUGUGUUCACUGUAUUCCUAGUUUGGAUUUUCAUUUUUUUAUAUAAAAAACUUUAUGCAUUGAAGAUUGAUAUUUUCUUUUGAUACAUUGUAUUGUUCUAUGGACGUCUACCUGUGGCAAAAUGUAUCUUGAUGAUUAAAACAAUGUCAUACUGGAUACUUAAA